AUGGCCGAUCAACCAGAGCCAUACAAGAUCUCCAUUUCCGAUGACAAACUCAAGGACCUUCAGCAACGUCUAGCACUAGCUAAACUUCCUACACAGCUAGAAUCUUCAGAUGGCGAUUCUUGGAGCUCAGGAACUCCGGUCAAUGAGAUGGAGCGUCUGAUAGAAUACUGGAAGAACAGCUUUGACUGGCGAAAGGCAGAGGCCAAGUUGAAUGAGCUGCCCCAGUAUCGAACACAAAUCGAGGUAGAGGGGUUUGGUAGCUUGGACAUUCACUAUGUCCAUCAAGUCAACCCAAAUAAGAACGCCAUCCCACUGCUAUUCAGUCAUGGAUGGCCAGGAUCUUUCAUCGAGGUAUCCAAACUUCUUCCGUUGUUGAAUGGGGAUGACAAUAACCCCGCAUUCCAUAUCGUGGCACCAUCUUUGCCUAACUUUGGCUUCUCCUCUGGCGUAACUCGGCGCGGAUUUGGACUUGCGCAGUAUGCGGAAGUCAUACACAAGCUGAUGAUCAAGCUUGGUUAUGACCAGUAUGUAACCCAAGGAGGAGACUGGGGAUUCUGGAUUACAAGAGCCGUAGGCUUCCUAUACCCAGAACACUGCAAAGCCUCCCACAUCAACAUGGUAUUAGCCAAGCCCCCUCGAUUCACAGUGAACCCAUGGCUAGCCCUGCAACACUCACUGCUACCAUACAGUGAACGAGAGAAGAAAGGCCUCGAACGGUCUGCAUGGUUCGAGCGUUCAGGAUUCGGAUACAAUCUCCUCCAAAGAACCAAGCCGCAGACAAUCGGCGCCGCACUUGAAGAUAGUCCUGUUGCCCUGCUAUCCUGGAUUUACGAGAAACUUCAUGACUGGACUGACUCAUACCCCUGGACGGACGACGAAAUCUUAACCUGGAUAUCGAUCUAUUGGUUCUCGACUGCGGGCCCGGCGGCUAGUGUCCGCAUCUACUAUGAAACUCUCCAUACUGGGGGGAUUGAGGGGAUUUCAUAUGAGAAAUUGAUUGAAUAUAUCCCGCAUGUGAAGUUGGGAAUCGCGCAUCUUCCUUGUGAAAUCUCAGUUGUGCCUUCUACUUGGGCUGCCGGGUUGGGACCGGUCGUUCGGCAGAGUGAACAUGCUGAUGGCGGACAUUUUGCCGCUUGGGAGGUUCCUGAGACUAUCGUUCAGGACUUGCGGGCUAUGUUCAAUAAAGAUGGUCCAUGCUACCAGGUCGUUUUAGGACACGGUGGUUAUUAG